AGGAUCAAAGGACGAGCAACCUUCACUUCACUGGAGCAACUCUCCGAUCGAUCGAGCGAGAUUGGCAACCACGUGCGAGACACCGAAGCGAGCUCGUACAUCAUGCGAUAUCACUCGCGCUCGGUCUGAAUUGUCUCGCCGGAUAGAUAAGGAUCGAAUAAUGCUCGCACAGAGGAUCGGAUCAUCGAUUACUUAGAAGAAAAGGCAAGCGAAAUUGCGAAAUUGCGAAAUUGUGAUUUUCCGCAAGAGCGAGAUGGCUCGAUUUGCUUGAGCUCGCUCGCUCGAAACGCGAGGCUUCAAACUCACGUCAUCGGCGGGCGGCGGUUCAUGCCGUUUCCCUCUUGUCCCGCUCGCCGAUCUGUGGCUGAGUUGUUGCUUGCUUAGCGCUCCAAGCGUUUCUGAGAUGGAAGGCGCGGGUUGAGUGUACGGUGGCGCUCGUCCACGCUUCUCCUCGAGGCGCAAACUCAAAUCUCGGUGGAUUCGGGCUCACGCCAGACGGAGCAGCGUUGGCGGUCUGGCUCUUCCCCUAAGCAAGCUGGCCGGCUGGCUGGGCACUGGAUCGCUCGCUUGCUCGCUCGCGGGGAAGAGAGAGGCUUCUGAGGCUCGAGUGCUCGUCACGCUAGCCCGUCGGCCGCUCCUUAUAAAUGGAGCGCGAGAAAUAUUCGUGGCUGGAGAGAGGUCGAUGGAGUGGAACUCGAAGACAAGUCGAUUGGACGUUCUGAGGGAGGGCUGACUGCUGUCGGGCCAUUUUGUCCGCUAUGGUUCUGGUAAGUCGCUGGUUUUAGCUCUAUGAAGUUGGUUCUUGCGCACGAUUCUGGGCCUAGCUGCGCUUUUUAUGUCGCCGGCGCCCCGAUCGAAUGUCGAUGAUAAGCUCCGCAGCAGCACGGCGAUGUGCGUUUGGUGGGUCGCUGGACGGGAGGCGCUGCGGAAACAAGGUCGGGUCGGACUGACAAGGAAGAGCUCCGCGUUAGGGAUUGGGCGCUGGCUUCUGCUGCUGUACAGAGAAAUCGUGAGCUGCGUGCCUUAGAAGAAGAAGAAGAGGAUCGAGAGAUCGGAAGGGAAGGGAGCAUGGCUCGAGGAGAGAGCGAGGCGAGAGAGGCGAGCUCGGGGACAGGGAAGGAGCUGAUGGACGAGUUCCGCGCGGCGCUAAGGAGUCCCGCGAGCCUGCAGAGCUUCGUGGCGAGGGGGGCGGACCCCGAGCGCGCGCCGGUGCAGGUCUGGCGCAAGGCGCUGCUCUGGGCCUGCGCCGCGGGGCAGGAGGAUUUCGUGGCGGAGUUUCUGAACAGCUCGCCGUUCCAGAGCCUGGUGCACACGGCGCGCGACGCGGACGAGUACACGGCGCUGCACCGGGCGGUGGUGGGCGGGCACCUGGGGGUGGCGCGGCUGCUGUCGCGCAUCGCCUACUACCCGUUCCCGGUGCUGCACGCGCGGACGAAGGGCGGGUGGACGGCGCUGCAUCUGGCGGUCUGCGCCAACGACGUGCAGAUGGUGGACCUGCUGCUCAAGUGGUACGAGGGCAUCGACCUGCCGCCCCGGUGCCUCUGGGACUUCCGCGACGACGCCUGGAUGACGCCGUUGCAGUACGGCGUCAUCCAGGAGUCCCAGAAUCGUGCGCCGGCUGGCGAGCUCAGCAACCCGCCCAGAGUCGUGCGCCUGCUGGCGCGCUCCGAGGCCUUCCGCGUGCACCUAAACGCCGUCGACUACUUCCGGCGCUCGGCGCUGCACAUGGCCUGCGCGCACAAGAGCGCGGCCGUGGAAGAGCUGCUGGACGUGCCGGCCGUCGACUCCAACGCCGUCGACUGCUGCGCCUACACGCCGCUGCACUGGGCCGUGCUGGCCGGUGCGACGGACGCGGUGCGCGCCUUCACCCGUCGCGCGACGGAUCGCACCAUCCGCACCACGGAGGAGGACGUCGAGGGUCGCCCCGUGCUGCAGAUCGCCAUCGAGAACCGCGAAAUCGACCACAAGGUCGGGCGCGACCUGCAGAAGCUGCUACUGACGGUGCCCGAGGUGAAGGACGAGGUCGAGCGCCUCUACCGCGACCGUCAGGUGUUCGUCGACGCGGCCAACGCCAUUCUCGUCGGCGCGGCGCUCAUCGCCAGCGUGACGUUCGGCGGCUGGCUCCAGCCCCCGCACGGCGACGACGCGGAGGUGCGCAUCUUCUGGGCCUUCAACAGCCUCUCCUUCUUCUUCGCGCUGGCCACCGUCAUGGCCGGCGCCGGCACCGUGCUGCCCAUGUCCGACGUGUACAUCGGCAACACCGUGACGAGCAUUCGGCGCUGGCUGGCGCUCACCUCCUUCCUGCUCCUCGUCUCGGUCGUGCUCGUGCUCGGGGCCUUCGCCGCCGCCGGCUUCGCGUCGCUCCCGGGAAUCCCCCUGCUGCGCGGCAACAUGGUGGCCACCACCGCCGUCGGCACCGUCGUCUGUGGCGUGAUCGGGCUCCUGUUUCUGAGGCGCCUGUCGAGAAUCCUCGACAGGCGCCUGCAGGAAUACGUCGACGAUUUCAAGCUGCUCUUCGCUGGCCUGUUGCCGACCAUGGCCUCGCCCCGCAGGCGCAGCAUGGUGGAGGUGAACGCGCUGCUGAACAAGAGCCGGGCGGGUAUCAUCAACUCCGCGGGCGCCGAUUUUCCUCGCAGGAUCGAGGGCAGCUAUCACUUGGCGAAUGUGGUUCUCUCGUUCGACGAUGCCUGCGAACGAGAGGCCAGUCUCAAGGCGAGAGGCCAGUCUCAAGGCCAGUCUCAAGGCGUUUCAAGGCGGCAAGGCGUUUCUUCUCGUCAUGAACCGGUGGACGAGUCGGAAGAACUGCCCGUCAUGAAGCGGAUGAAAGUGUUCGAGCAGGCGUAUCAGGAGGUCAGGAGUGGACUGAACGAGGAGGAAGCGACUCUCAACAUGUUGACUCUGACCGACCUCUGUGAUGAAUCGAAUGACAAUCACAAUGGAUUGCACUUUUGGAGCGACUUUGCUCCGGUGCACUGCCGUAAGCGCGCGCGUAAGAAGGACCUGGAGCUGUGGGGUGCCAUCCAAACAGGAAUUCACGACAAGAAGAUGCACCUCGAAGAGGAGAACACGAAGUUUUAUUAUACAGUCGGGUCUUUCGACGACUGGAACCUGUAAACUUGCUCCUCAGAGCAUUGGACAUUCUGUUUUUCUUCCUUGCGAGAUGCGGCAAAAACUCUUUUUGACGGACGGACGAUUCCGUUCACUUCCACUUAACUUCGGCCGAGCAAAUUUUCCCCACCAUCCUGAGUAGCAGCCCGUGUUUUGUGAUCAUAUUCAUUGUCGACAAUCAUGUCUGGCCUUCCACCGCUACACGACGAGUUUAUCUUUCGAUUGGGGAGGGAGCAGCUGGACUUUUUAUACGGCCUUUCGACUCUGAAGGACGAGGCCAAGCAUCAGGGAACAAGUAAAGGCUGUGGACUCGGAUAAAACCCAAAUUCAUAAUUUCUUGAAAAGAACAUGGUCAAAAAGAUGAAACAAUAUCGUGACAACCGAAAAGAAAGUCGAGUUUCCAAGUUGCAGAAGCUUACAAGGCACCUUACACGAGAAAAUCCCAAGUAAGCCGAGAGAAGCCAACCUCUUGCUACGCAAAGCCUACAACUUCAGCAAACGGAGGAUCAAGCGUACAUUGAGCGCUGAGCUAAGCACAUUCGAAGUGACUCCGACGGCUAAACGGUCGCCGCUCUCUCUUUUCGUGAAGUCCGGGUGCAGAAGUGCAACGAGAUCCAGUAGUAGGUUUGUUAGCUGAUAGGAUUCCCAUUUGGCGUUCAGACGAUCUCCUCUAGAGAACAAACUUCUCAACAUCAGUGCUCUCGAAUCAAAUCCACUUGUUUGACUAUUGAACGACUAUUGUCGAGGAGAAACCCACAAGGGACUUGGGAGCCGAGAAAGUACACACACACACACACAGAUAUACACACAUGUAGACACGCGUGCAAUGAGUACGAACAAACCUUGACUGAAGCAGCUUUUGGAAACAAUUUUGCCCGUGCAAUAAAUGUAUAAAAUGUCUCAUGCCC